AUGCGCAAGGACUCCUCUAUGCUUGUCCGCGAGGUGGAGUAUGGAUGGGACUAUUUGGCAAUUGGAAAGCGAAGCGCCAGAGGUGUCGAGCUCCCUCUGAACUUCCCCUUCUUCCUCCACGAUCGCAGACGCACACACACAGGCAUACGUCUCGAGCCACAAGCCAAGAUGGCUCUGGUGCAAAACCAAGAAUCGCCUUACCUUUCUGAGAUUCGUGCAGUUUCCUUCCAAGGGCCCGGGUCUGGAGAAAGGAAUUAUUAUGUUCACAAGGGCCUCCUCGCCGAGUUCGAGACAGCCAACGAUAUGUGUUUUGAUCCAUUGCCGUCCGUCAUGGUCUUCAAGAAGGUCACUGAAAGAGUCGGUCAGGUUUGGAUCAAAUAUAGCAUCCAUGGACUGGAGGAGCUUGUUAGAGAUCAGAUUAUGGAGAUAGCCGGACACUGGAACUCAAUGACUGUAUUAGAGAUUGCCAAGAAGACUUGUGCUUCUGCCACAGGAGAUGACAAAUGGAUCCAUGACCUGAUCAAAAGCCACUGCCACCAGGCGCUCCGCCAACCAGCAGAACUCGGUCAGGAGUCAAUUCGCGAGAUGCUCUCGCCAUGGGACACGAUCAGCGACAUCCUCUUGGCAGAGUUCCUACUCAUCUGCGAAGCCAACGCAGAUGCCCCUGCUGGGUCGACUGUCGGCGAUGACUUUCGCUCGAUGCAGACUGCAACUCGAGUUGAAUUCAGGACAUCUCACUUUUCCGAGAAAUCUUCGUCCAGGGGCAUCUUCCCAGAGUCAAAAGUCGAUACGGGACCUUCCGCCAAUUGA